AGAUCGUCAGUUCUGAACGGGACCCUGAGAGAAACAGUCAUGCACCGCACGAUGGCAGUGACAGCGGUGCUGGUGCUAUGUGUGGCGGGCGCCGCUCACGCGUGGGGGGGACUGUUCAACCGGUUCAGCUCCGACAUGCUCGCCAACCUGGGGUACGGUCGGUCUCCGUACCGCCACUACCCUUACGGACAGGAACCCGAAGAGAUAUACGCUGAAGCUUUGGAAGGGAACCGCAUCGAUGACGUGAUAGACGAACCGGCUCACUGCUACAGCGCGCCUUGCACUACCAACGGGGAUUGUUGCCGUGGCCUGCUGUGCUUGGAUACCGAGGACGGAGGCCGCUGCCUGCCCGCCUUCGCUGGCAGGAAACUUGGCGAGAUCUGCAACCGAGAGAACCAAUGUGAUGCUGGACUGGUCUGCGAAGAGGUUGUGCCUGGAGAGAUGCACGUGUGCCGUCCCCCCUCCGCCGGCCGCAAGCAAUACAACGAGGACUGCAACUCCUCAAGCGAGUGUGACGUCACCAGGGGCCUCUGCUGCAUCAUGCAGCGCCGCCACCGCCAGAAGCCUAGGAAGAGCUGCGGAUACUUCAAGGAACCCCUUGUAUGCAUCGGUCCAGUAGCCACAGACCAAAUCCGUGAGUUUGUCCAACACACCGCCGGAGAGAAACGCAUCGGCGUGUACAGACUCCACUAAUUUCUCGGCGUUACGCGUCGCGUACAAUGGUAUACGAUAUAACGCGUAAUUUCGAGCAAACUGAGUUAUUUUGUACGCGUUUGCUUUGUGAUGGCUGGAGAUUCUUAUAUUUAUUUUUAGGCUUUUUAAAAUAUAUUUUUAUGGAUAAAUGAAAGAUUAAAACGUAUACCAUUUUACGCAACGUAAGAUAAAUAAAAAGUCAUUUUUACUAAUAAAAGGGUAUUAAUACAGAAACUCUAUGAUUUGCAAUUUGGAGUUUAGGUUUUCCCUAAUUUAAUUUUCAAGGUUUUUAUUAGUAAAAAAGAUUGAAAAACUUUUACGAGGCUCUCCAUUGAUACCAUCUAGCUCUCGUGAAAUUUUAUGUCAUUCUUAUUGUCAACAGCACAUUUUGUGAUUACGGUCGUAAAAAUAAAUCAGUUUUUUAUUUAAUUUUCCUGUUUUUAAUCUUUCGUCAAUUGUUUUAUCACUGAGUAAUUCAAUUGUUUUUUUUUUGUUUUCUUUUAGUGAGCGUAAUUACAAAACGAUAAAUGGAGAUAUAAAAAAAUAUGAAAUUUCGCUUCGGAAAACGGUCAAACGAUAUGCUACAUUUUAUUUGUAUAAAAGAUGCUUUGAAAAAAUAUGAAAAAACAAAUGAUAGGCAAAGCUGAGACAUAUCAUUUUUUUUUAGUUUUUAAUUUUAAUCGUGUAGACUUAGAAUAUGAAGAAAUUAAUGUUUCAAAAUUAAAAUACUUAUGAAUGUUACUUAAAAAAUAGUGUUUACGGUGACAAUUGUCACGUCUUAUUAUUAAAAAACAAUUUUAAAGUGUUUAAUCUCUAAAUAUUAUGAUUAGAUUUAAAAAUAAAGUUAAUUAUUAAGUCUUCAAUGAAACAAAUACAUAUCUUACUGGCUGAGGCAUUUAAAUUAGGGAUCGAUGUUAAACUUAAUGAAAAAAAAAACUAUUUCUAAACAUAUCAUGUACGCUAGUCCUAAGAUAAGGUUAUCCUAAGAUAUAUUUUUUAAUUUCUCGCUUAAAUUUUAGUGAAACUCUCAAACUAUGCUAGGUGCCUAGGAGAUACAUAUCAAUGAAAAAAAAAAAGUUUUUUUUUUAUUAUUAAAAAAAAUCUAAUUGUUAUAUCACAUUUUUAACGUAUAUUCACUGUUUUUCAAAAUCCGUUGAUGUUUAUCAGAAAUAAAAUAUAUUGAAUAUUAAAAAAAAUAUUAUAGCCUAAAUACUGUGAUGUGUACCUAUUUUCUGAAACUAUAUAAAAGAUACGUCGAGAUAUUUUUUCGCCCUACAUGAUGAGUUAAAGAUAUAAAAUAUCUUCUGAAAUGUUUUGCGUUCAGGCCUAAAUGUUUCUAGUACCGUUGUUAUAGAUACCAUAAAUAAGACUACAUUAUAUGUACCUUGUGUAUUAAUAUGUGUUAACAUUAUAUAAAUUAUGUCAGCAA